UGAGAGAUGGCAGAAGCGAUAAUUAAAAGCGGCGAACUGACAAGUUGCGGUGAUCUGUGAACCAGGGAUCAGUUAUCCACGCUCUGCUCGACGGACUGCGAAUCAGCCAGUGCUUGUCUCUCGAUUCCUGCUGUUUAUCAUCGCGGUUUGACGAUCCAGCCGAUCAUCAUGGGGAGGAAAAGGUUUGCCCUUAUGGCGGUAUUGGUCACGAGCAUUAUCGUAAACGUUGACAGUUACGAUACGCCCACGCCUCUUAUUGAAGUAUUGAAGCCUUACGGAUUUCGCGUAUCAAUUCCUGACUCGCCUGGCGUUGAGCUGUUUGCUUUCCACGGCAACAUCAACGAGAAAAUGGUUGGUAACGAAGCCGGGACGUACUCCGUGGACAUCACUACAAAAAAAAACGGACGAUGGACCUACACUAAUCCGACGGCCUCGCUGAAUCCAGGAGACACUCUGUACUUCUGGACCCACGUGCGUGUCAAUGGAGUCGGAUACGAGAAACUAUUUCAAGAAUUUCACGUGCCCGAGGAGACUCCUGAGAAUGAUGGUGACUCAAACGAUGACAAACCUCAGUCAGAAGAUGAAGAUGUAUUCACUUUUUCUCCGUAAGAAUCAUCGAUUGUGAUCUGAAGUUACGAACAAUUAUUACUGCACAUUAUUGAUUCCCUUAA